AUGAUCCACACAAGAAGGCCGGUUUUUGCCGUCUGCCUCCUUAUUCUCGUUUCUUGCGCCAUAUACUUUGUGGCCUCGGGAGAUACCACCUCUCUCGGGACUUCCGGACCUGUGAGUGCCAGAACUCCAGUGGUUGAAAAACAUGUCCCCCAAGAUGAUAUCAAGCUUUCAGAGAAGGAAAGUAAGAAAAUUGAAGCAGAUUCAGGAGAAUCCAGCUCAGGCCAAAGUGUAGGCGAGUUCACGGAUCAGCCAUUCAUGCCCAAGAUGGCUAAUGAAACAUUGAAAGCAGCACUUGGCAAUUCAGCAUGGCACCUUUUGCACACCGUUUUGGCCAGAUACCCCGAAAAGCCUGAUGAGCAGCAGAAGGCUACUUUGAAGCAAUACAUCCAUCUUUUCGCUCAGGUGUACCCAUGUGGAGAUUGUGCUAGGCAUUUCCAAGGACUCUUGAAGAGACACCCACCCCAGGUAAGCAGCAGGAAGACUGCAGCGGUAUGGGGAUGUCAUAUUCACAACAAGGUGAACGAAAGAUUGGAAAAGCCAAUCUAUGACUGUCUGAACAUUUUGGAAGAUUACGAUUGUGGAUGUGGAUCUGACGAGAAGGAACUGGAUGCCACUUUGGGAGGUGACAGCGUGGACCAUCUUCGGCAAAUCCAGGUCGACGAAAAGGAAGAGAAGCAGAGGGGCGGAUGA